ACAAUUUUAUAUAAUCGUCUACAUCAAAUGCCCUUGUAAAAUGUUUAAUCAAGAAUCUAAACCUCAGUUUAACUAUCGCACUAGUAUAUGCUCCUUCCGAGUCCUUCGUUAAUGUGGGUAGUUAAACUCAACCAUAGUUUUUUUAACAAUAUUUAUUUUAGUGUUUUCGUUAAAAAAGGUCAAAAACCAUACAAACAUUUGAUUCAAAAUAUUUAUUUUAGUGUUUUCGUGCGCAAAACAUUUGAUUAAAUGUUUUGGUAAGUUAAAAUUCAAUAAUUUAAUCGUUUUUUAUGAAUCAAGCCUUAUUAUUUACGGACCACGUUUGUAGAUUGAACUUUUGGUACUUACGGACCAUGGAAGUAGAUUGUCGGCGUUAUUACGUCCGUCUUUUUAAAUCAUGUAGCAACAGAACUCGCGAAACUUUAUGGAGGCAAACACACGGAUUGUUCUUCAAGAAGGGUUUUAUUGGCUCAAUUGUUAUUGUUGCUAACCAUCUCCUUCAAAUUUACUCGCGGUGUGGCAAUAUGGGCACUGCGCGGGACUUGUUCGACGAAAUGCCUGAGAGGAACUAUUUCUCCUGGAACACUAUGAUUGAAGGGUACAUGAAUUCUGGGGAGAAGGGCACGGCUUUGAGGUUUUUUGAUAUGAUGCCAGAAAGGGAUGGGUACUCUUGGAACUUGGUUGUUUCCGGGUUUGCAAAGGCUGGGGAGCUAGGUGUUGCUAGGAGGUUAUUCAAUGCCAUGCCGGAGAAAGAUGCUGUGACGGUGAACUCUCUGCUUCAUGGAUAUAUUCUAGACGGUUAUGCAGAGGAAGCUCUGAGGCUGUUUAAAGAACUGAAAUUUAGCGCUGAUGCGAUCAUAAUGACUACAGUUCUCAAGGCAUGUGCAAUGUUGGAAGCUUUGAAAUGUGGGAAGCAGAUACAUGCUCGGAUUAUGAUCAGCGGUGUUGAAUUUGAUUCGAAAAUGAAUAGUUCGUUAGUUAAUUUGUAUGCAAAAUGUGGUGAGUGGAGAAUGGCAAGUAUUAUGCUGGAUCAGAUCGGGGAACCGGAUGACCAUUCUCUAUCAGCCUUAAUUUCAGGUUAUGCAAAUUGUGGGAGAGUGGAUGAGUCUAGAGGAAUUUUCGAUAGGAAAAGUAAUAGAUGUGUAAUUCUAUGGAACUCUAUGAUUUCGGGUUAUGUUGCCAAUGAUAUGAAAUUUGAGGCAUUAGUUCUUUUCAAUGAGAUGAGGAAUGAAACCCAGGAAGAUUCUCGUACGCUGGCAGCUGUUAUAAACGCUUGCAUCGGUUUGGGCUUCCUAGAGACUGGUAAACAAAUGCAUUGUCAUGCUUGUAAAUUUGGGUUAAUUGAGGACAUUGUUGUAGCUAGCACUUUGCUUGACAUGUACUCCAAGUGUGGAAACCCAAUGGAAGCUUGCAAACUUUUCAGUGAGGUCGAGACCUAUGACACAAUCUUACUGAAUAAUAUGAUCAAGGUAUAUUUCAGCUGUGGAAGAUUUGAUGAUGCAAAACGGGUAUUUGAGCGAAUUGAAAAUAAGAGCUUGAUUUCUUGGAACUCAAUGAUUAACGGAUUCAGUCAAAAUGGUUGUUCUGUUGAAACUUUGGAGUAUUUCCGCCGAAUGCACAAAUUGGAUUUGCCCACAGAUGAGGUUAGCCUCUCCAGUGUCAUCAGUGCUUGUGCAACCAUUUCUUCUCUCGAACUCGGUGAGCAGGUUUUUGCCAGGGCGACCAUUGUUGGUCUGGACUCUGAUCAAGUAGUAUCAUCCUCUCUCAUUGAUCUGUACUGCAAGUGUGGAUUCGUUGAACAUGGCAGGAGAGUGUUUGACACAAUGGUAAAAUCAGAUGAAGUACCAUGGAACUCAAUGAUCUCAGGUUAUGCUACAAAUGGACGUGGAUUUGAAGCGAUUGAUUUGUUCAAGAAAAUGAAUGUUGCUGGUAUAAAACCCACUCGGAUCACCUUUAUGGUUGUUCUAACAGCCUGCAAUUACUGUGGUUUAGUGGAAGAGGGAAGAAAUUUUUUCGAGGCAAUGAAGUUGGAUAAUGGUUUUGUUCCAGAUAAAGAGCACUUUUCAUGUAUGGUUGACCUUUUGGCUCGUGCUGGUUAUGUGGAAGAAGCCAUAGAUCUUGUAGAAGAGAUGCCUUUUGAUGCAGAUGCAAGCAUGUGGUCAUCUGUUCUUAGAGGAUGUAUUGCAAAUGGACAUAAAGCCAUGGGAAAGAAAGUUGCUGAAAAGAUUAUAAAGCUUGAACCUGAGAACUCAGUUGCUUAUGUGCAGUUGUCCACCAUAUUCGCAACCUCUGGAGAUUGGGAAAGCUCGGCGCUUGUAAGAAAACUGAUGAGAGAGAAGAAUGUGACAAAGAAUCCAGGUUCUAGUUGGGCUGAUUGUUGAAUACUAGCUUAAGUGUUAAUACCACCAAUAUAAGCAAAACGACAAGUCAAGUUUGAGUAUGAAGAAAUGGACAAGGAGUGGGGAGUUUGAAACGAAAUAAAAAAGAAACUUUUCUUGAAGUUAAACGAACGUAGCUGACUGAUGGCACGUUGCAGUACAUGAUCUAUACAUUGAGAAAUGAGACAGAGCAACUGUGCUACUUGAGCUAGAGAACAUUUCUGUGACUUUUUACAGGUUGAUAGAGAAAUCGAAGAUCUACAACUGGAUGUUUCCAAUAUCAAACUAUAUAGCAUCGAUCAUUGAUUAUUUUGCUGAGCUAGAGACAGAUAGUUUCACGUUACACCGCCUCAUUCAUGGAUCAUGGUUGAGUUGCAGGCCAGAUUUCCGAGCUACAGGGUCAAGAAAACGACUACAAAAAAAGAAGAAGGCGCGUGUCUCACUCAAGUUAUUGACAAAGAGAUUGAAGAUGUGCAGCUUGAGUUUAUGAUUGUUAGUAAGUCAAUUUGAGUGUGAAUAUCACCGAUAGAAGGAAAAUUACAACAAAACAGUGUAUAGUAAUCUUGUAAUGAUUACAAACCAGUUGAGUUUUUCUUCUUUUUAAGAAAAACUUAUUUUAACAAUUUGUUAAGUUUGAUC